AUGAAGGUCUCGAGACGGAGCGCACGCGCCCUUCUCCUACCACUACGCCGCCGCCCUUUCUCCACUGCCGCCAACACCGCCACCCUCUUCAACCGCUACGUCGACCGGAACGACGUCGCCUCAUGGAACUCCAUCAUUGCCGAGCUCGCCCGUUGCGGAGACUCGGUGGAGGCCCUCCGCGCCUUCUCCUCCAUGCGCCGCUCCUCCCUCCGGCCAGACCGCUCCUCCUUCCCCUGCGCCAUCAAGUCCUGCGCCGCCAUAGGAGACCUAUUCUCCGGCCGCCAGACCCAUCAGCAGGCCCUCGUUUUCGGUCAUGCCCCGGACCUGUUCGUGUCCUCUGCCCUCGUCGACAUGUACGCCAAGUGCGGCCAGCUGGCGGACGCCCGGAAAAUGUUCGACGAAAUUCCCGACCGAAACGCUGUCUCGUGGGCCUCCAUGAUCAACGGCUACGUCCAUAACUUUGUCCCUCGGGAGGCCCUGCUACUGUUUAAGGAGCUUUUGGCUAAGGAGAGUGGGGCAGAGUGCGUGGAUGGGGUCACCAUGGUCUCGGUUCUUGCUGCGUGCGCCCGAGUGUGUGAGAGGAACGUGACACGUGGGGUCCACGGGAUGGUGGUCAAGAGGGGUUUGGAUCGGGUUUUGGGUGUAUGCAAUACUUUGAUUGAUUCGUACGCCAGGUGUGGCGUGGUCGGGUUCUCGAGAGAGGUGUUUGAGGGGAUGGAGGAGAAGGAUUUGGUUUCUUGGAACUCGAUGAUUGCGGUUUGCGCGCAGAAUGGAUUGGGUGAGGAAGGUGUUGGUGUUUUUCGGGCCAUGGUGAGUGCAGGGGUCGAGUAUAAUGCAGUCACUUUGUCGGCCGUGCUCUUGGCUGUUGCACAAUUGGGCGCCCUUCGAGUUGGUAAGGGUGCACACAGCCAGGUUUUAAAGUUAAACCUGGAGCAAAACGUGUUUGUGGGCACCUCCCUCAUCGACAUGUACUGCAAAUGUGGGAGAGUGAAUCUGGCAAGACACACAUUCGACACCAUGCUUGAGAAAAACGUGAAAUCAUGGUCUGCUAUGAUUGCCGGCUACGGCAUGCACGGCCACGCAAAAGAAGCCCUCCAACUGCUGUCUUGUAUGAUACGGGCCGGAACAAAGCCCAAUGCCAUAACUUUUGUGUCUGUUCUCUCUGCCUGCUGCCAUGCGGGCCUCGUGGACGAGGGCUGGCACUGGUUUUCCUCAAUGCAGCACAGAUUUAACAUAGAUCCGAGCAUUGAACACUAUGGCUGUAUGAUCGAUCUUCUUGGCCGUUCGGGCCGUCUCGAAAAGGCCUACAAUUUGAUCUUGGGGAUGAGGGUACGUCCCGAUUUCGUCAUCUGGUGCUCUCUCCUGGCUUCGUGCAAGAUACACAAGAAUGUCAAGUUAGGGGAAAUUUCGGCCCAGAAAUUGUUUGAGCUGGACCCGAACAACUCGGGAUACUACACUCUGCUUUCAAAUAUCUACGCCGAUGCCGGCAAGUGGGAGGAUGUGAAAAAAACACGAAAGUUUAUGAAAAAUCAGGGGAUUGUGAAAUCUCCCGGGUACAGCCUUGUUGAACUAAAGGGUCGAGUUCACGUGUUCUUGGUUGGAGAUAGGCACCACCCGCAACAUGAGAGGAUAUACGCGUAUUUGCAGGAAUUAUCUGGGAGGAUUAAGGAAGCUGGGUAUGUUCCCAGCUUGGAAUCUGCUUUGCAUGAUGUUGACGAAGAGGAAAAGGGAUUGGUGCUGCAGAUUCACAGCGAGAAGCUUGCGGUUGUUUUCGGGAUUAUGAAUUCGGGUCAUGGGUCGACUGUGCAGGUGAUGAAGAAUAUCAGGACUUGUGAUGACUGCCACACGACUAUUAAGUGGAUAUCCAAGAUUACUGAUCGGGAGAUUGUGGUGAGAGAUCCCAAACGGUUUCAUCAUUUUAGAGAUGGCAGUUGUUCGUGUGGAGACUACUGGUGA